UCUUGGUGGAACAACAUAAAACUUCUUCAUGCUAAUAAAUAUCCGUUAAUGCAAAUUAUACCCGUUUAACUCUCUAUAAUUUCAAGAUUAUGUGUCGACAAAAAACAAAUUAUCAAAAGAAGAAUAUCCGUUUUUUCCGUCUACGUGACAACGCCCAAAGGCCAUAGCCUGGGGUCACAGAUUAAUCUAUUAGUCAGUGCUGGGAUCACGUUUACAUAUGUACGUAUAUUUAUUUAGUAUAUAUGCGUGCGUGCGUGCGUGCAUGCGUGCGUGUACGUAUAUGCGCGUGUGCGUGCGCGCAUGGCUUCUGAUCUCUCUUUUGUACAACUGUUACAUACAGUAUGAAGCAGAAGUCAAAGAGUGCGUUUGUUCAGAUAAAUUUGAUUAUUUUGUUUACGAAAUAUUGUUUACCGAGAAGUUUUAAUGUAAUGUAGUUUGCAAAACGUCGAUUAGCAAGAAAGUAAUAGGCAAAAAUGAAGGAGAUUCAUUUGCCGGUACACAACAACUCGCCGUCGAUAGAGCGUACCUUACGUCCAAUAUCUUACACGUCAUGGUUGAUGGGCGUCGGCGUUGCACGUCCGCUAAAGUGUCCAAAUUUUGUGACGAUAGUCAUACGUAUCAUUCACCUGGUCAUGUGUACAGUGAUUCUAAUAAAACACUUAGAAUACGUUUCGAAUUUUGCAAAUUUUACAUCGGGUGUGUCAAUAAACAAAUUCUUCUUCGUCAUGGAUAAUACGGUAUACGUUGUCUCGACAUAUUACUCCGUUUAUCACGGAAUCAGCCAGUAUGAAUGGUCGGAGCUGAUGGACAAAAUGAAGGAGCUCGAUCGAAAGAUCAGGAGAGAAACGUAUAUGAAUGACCACCCAGUAAGGCACAUGGAAGCAAUAGCGAUUCUUAUAACUUUUACGUGUUGCCCUUUGUUCAUGAUUGUGCACGCCCUGUAUGACUUUAUGCAUUCAUAUAACACUGCCAUGACCGAAUUGGUGUUUUAUUACAUGAUGGCACGAUCGUUAAUCAACAGCUUCAUCUUCGAUGUUGUCGUUUAUGUGCUGUAUUACAGAUAUCAAACGAUAAAUAAGUUAAUUGGUAAUUUGGAUAAACUAUCGGAUGCGCCGUUGAUUGCGCUCAAGAUCAGACGCAUUAGAGAAAUGCAUAAUGAUAUUUGUGAUCUAGUUGUUAUGAUAAACAAUAUUCACGGUCUUUAUCUUCUUCUCUGCUCGGCAAAUUGCUUCUUUAUGGUCACGACCACCCUGUACCAUGCUAUUGUAGUCGACAACUAUAAGGGUAUGCUGAUAUUUUACAUAAUUUCGAUUAUGUACAGCAUAUACUUUGGUCUGAUUUGUUGGAUUUGCGCACUCGUGCAUCAAGAAUUCGAGAAAACCAAGAUAAUUAUGUGCGCAAUUGCAUUGAAAUGCCAAUCUAUGAAGUUUGAUAAAUUGAACGGUACAAGGAAUCAAUCGAGUUUAGAAAUACGACUGUCAUUGGAAGACGCGGACAGCGGGCAAAAUUCUAAUUGGAGUGAUAGUCACGAUUGGAAUUGCGUUGUUACGGAAAAUCUCUUACGUAAAAUUAUGGACCCGGACCAUGUUAAUAACGAAAUUAAUAACUUUUUGAAUCAACUGCAACAUCGUCGUGUAUCAUUUACAGCCUGUGAUUUCUUCGAAAUGAACAAUAAUCUGUUCUGUAAUUUUGUCGGAGUGAGCUUUACUUAUUUAACAAUCUUCAUUCAAUUUACUAAAUAACUCGAAGAUCUAAACGAGAAGAGAGUGCAACUUGUACUGGUAGUUUAUUAAUAGUAUACAGUCGAAAUUCUACAUUGCCAUGGUCUCGGGUAUUGCACUGUGACGUUUAGUAAAAUUAUAGCAUUGUAAAGUAACCCUAUUCUAUUGAUAGGGAGAGAAAGCGGCAUACGCGACGUGAGCAAGCUACAUGGUGAUGAUGCGCGGUAGCGCGGUGGUAAUACGUAUAUCAUGUGCGACAGUGAAGGUAUAGAUUUCCUCUUCCGUGAGGCAAUGGAGAAAGUCCACAAAAGAAACCAAGACAGUUUUUAUUUCCAUUAAAUUAAAAGAAUGGUCACUGAUUUAUGUAAGAAAUCUUAAUAGACAUACGAUACAAAAUAAUUUGAAUAUU